AUGGAAAGAGCAUGGAAAAGUAUAAAGACCAAGCUUGAUAAAGGUGAUUACUAUGAUGCCUAUCAACUUUUAUUAAGCCGUAUAUCUCGCCUACCUCCUAGUGAAUCCCUUAAUAUAGGUUUAGAAAAAGCAAAAAUAUUUGCAGAAUAUGGAAGCUCUGAUGUAGCAUGCUAUAUCUGCUGUCAUGUAAUAAAAGUGGCUAGGGAAAAUGGUAUUAAGUCUGAUAUAAAGGGGAUUGAUAAUAUUAUGGAUAUCUUAAAACUUUGUAAAUCUAGUCCUGAACGUUCUAAACUUUUAAAUGAAGCAUUAUUAUGGUGUAAAGUUAGUAAUAUGAAUGAAGGUGAGGAUAUAUUACAUAAAUGGGCAUCUAAUAUUUACUAUAAAGAAGGAAUUUAUCACAAAGCUCAAGGUCAUGUAAUAUUUAUAGAUGAUGCUGAUUUAUAUGUAGAUAUAUUACUUAAGUGGCAAGAAAUGGGUUAUAAAUCAGAAAAGGAAUUAUUUGUACUUAGAGCUGUAUUAAUUCUACUCUCAUUACCUAAAUUAAAUUAUGCAAGGGAAUUACUUGAUAAAUAUUGUUUAAUUAAUGGUUAUUUAAUUAAUAUAAAUAAUCUUGAACAAAACAAUAUUAAUAAAAUAAUUAAUAAGAAACCACCUAGUCCUAUCCAAUUAGCUUUCCUAAUUGUUUCUACAUGUGAAUUAUCAGAUAAAUAUUUGGGACUAGACUUUAUGGAUAUAAUCAAAAGGAAAUAUGCAUUAAUUUUAAGAAGAGAUCCACUUUUCAAUAAGUUAAUUGAGAAAAUUGAACAAAAUAUUCUUGGGAAAGUUUCCAACCAAACAAGAGGUAUACUUACUAAUCUCCUUUCUAUGUUUUCUAAUGGAACAACAGAGUCUAAAUAG